UCGAGUCUAAAACACGAUUAACGUAAGAAAUGUCGCUUGCUUCACAAGGUGAUACUCUACCCCUGCCUCCUUACAAAUUGGUACUACUUGGCGAUUCUUCAGUAGGUAAAACAUCAAUAGUACACAGAUUUGUUACAAAUAGCUUUAAUCAACAUACUUCCAACACCAUUGGAGCAGCAUUUAUAACCAAAGAAUUUUCAUCAUCAUUAAACUCCAAAAAAAGAUUGAAGUUCGAAAUAUGGGAUACUGCUGGGCAAGAAAGAUAUAGAUCAUUGACUCCAAUGUACUACAGGAAUGCUAAAGUAGCAUUAAUAGUUUACGAUUUGAAUAACUUUGAUGAUUCGUUUGAAAAAGCUAAAAGUUGGAUCGAUCAACUAAAAUUGAAUACUGGCUCAAGUGACAGCCUGAUUAAAAUAAUCUUAGUUGGCAAUAAGUCUGAUUUGGUAGACCUCGAGAGCGAAGAGAUGAAAUCAUCCCUAAACGACGUUGAAGUGUUUGGUAAUGAUUUGGAUAUUAAGACUUUCAUAACUAGUGCUAAGUCAGGUACGAACGUUAUUGAAUUGUUUGAUUCAUUAGUGAAUGAUCUUGAUAUGCUGUUUUUUGAAAACUAUUAUGAACAUCAGAAGAAUAAUGAGUCAAAUCCUACUCAAUUGAAUCUUUUGGCAGCAUCGAUAAGUAAAAAUAAUACGCUGAGAUGUUGUUAACCAACCAUAAAACCUUUUUUUGCA